AUGCCUCGCGUCACAAGGUCAAGCUGCCUUCCCCAGAGCCAGCCUGCCAUUCAAAUUUUCACCAAGGCAACAAAGGCUGGCGUGACACCGCAACUGCCCGGCAAGAAACUCGCGUCCCUGCCCGUUUCCCCUUCGAAAAAGCGAAAGCUUCAGGAAAUCGAGAACAUCGACCGUCCAGGCCCUCAAUCCGUCGAGGAACAACCCGACACUCCUUCCAAGACUCUCAAACUUAGCCAAUUAUCUGUUUCCUCGCCACGCAGCGGCCACUAUGCUACACCCAAACGCACUCCCAGUCGCAAGACGCGCAUAUCCACCAUUGCCGAGAGUCCCUCGACUCCCGACACCCCCUCCAAACAGCGAACUAUCAACUUUGCAAAGGUUGUGCCCGCCCCGAAAGAGCCCGUCCUCGCACCUCGAGUCGCUUGUGUUACCGAUUUCAUGAAUAUGCAUUCCGCUUUCAUCAAGGCAAUCUCCCUCCACGCCGCACACAACGGUCCCUGCACCGCUGCCGACCUCCGAGAAUUUCUGCCGAGCGUCACUAGCAUUUGGAAGAAGCGCAAGGUUCAUGUCAAAGAUUUGCAGCGCCUUCUGUGGGUUUGGGAUCACAGCUUGAAGGGCAAGGACAUUUCCUACCGACUGGCCAACUACGGUCUUGGAAAGGUGUGCCUUGAGCGGGACGUGUUCAUUAACGAGCAGGGCUCAGCUUUGCAGGAUGCGUUCGAGCAGGCUUUCGAUUUGCUCUGGGAGCAGACGGAGGAGUCUUUGAAGGAAGUCGAGGAAGCGGAUCGCCCCGCAGUCUUCAUCGAGACUCUCGGUCUUGCUAUUAUCCACGAAUCUCUCACCCCAUUCACAGCCUUCCAGAAGGGUCAGCAACGACUCCAGGACUUGAGAGGCGGUGUUAUUCGCAUGAAGACUGAAUUAUUCCGCUCGGAGGCCAACAUGACGAGCUCAAAGCCCACUGCUCCGACCGGCAAUCGUCGACAGGGCCUGCUUGAGCGAUUGAAGAACAAAGAGCUCCGCCAGUCCAAGCUGCCUCCCCCGCCUACCAAGAAAGAGCUUCUUCGCCGCUCAGCUGUUGAGCAUGCAGAGGAGGUGGCUGGUAUUUUGGCCCUCCUGCGCCCGGCUGGACAUCUUGGCACUGGUAUCAAGGCCAUGUUUGCCAAUCAACGCAAGCCCUACAAGCUUGAGACGAUCGUGGAACAUGUCCGUGAUUCUAUCCGCACCCCAAUUCCUUCUGAAGAGGUCCAGAUCUGCCUUGAGAUCUUGGCAGAUGCUCGUGUGGCCGGCAACUGGGUUACCUUGGUGACUGUCAACGGUAUGCAGUCCGUUGUAUUGAAGUCAUGCAAAGAUGUUGCGCCCAAGGAUCUCGGGGCAAAGAUUGCCCUGGUGCAGGCUGAUUGGGAGAAGACUUCGUCUUGCUCUCCUUUGUCUGUCUUGAAGAUUUGA